GGCGCCCUGGGACUAAGAUGGCAGCGGCGGCCCGGCUGGGCUGGGGAGCUGCGGCUGUUGCCGCAGGGCUGCGUAGGCGAUUCUGUCCUAUGAUGAAUCCAUACAUCAUUAGGAAACAGCUUCUGCAUCAGUUCGUACAAAGACCACUUUUCCUACUGCCUACAACCUUAUAUAACACAGUGAGACACAUGUUUAUUCAAACACAAGAUACCCCCAAUCCCAACAGUUUAAAGUUUAUUCCAGGAAAACCAGUUCUUGAGACAAGGACCAUGGAUUUUCCCACACCAGCUGCAGCAUUUCGCUCCCCUCUGGCUAGGCAGUUAUUUAGAAUUGAAGGAGUAAAAAGUGUCUUUUUUGGACCAGAUUUCAUCACUGUUACAAAGUAGGAAAGUGAAGAGUUAGACUGGAAUUUACUGAAACCAGAUAUUUAUGCAACAAUCAUGGAUUUCUUUGCUUCUGGCUUACCCUUAGUUACUGAGGAAACAUCUUCAGGAGAAGCAGGAUCUGAAGAAGAUGAUGAAGUUGUGGCAAUGAUUAAGGAAUUGUUAGAUACUAGAAUAUGGCCAACUGUGCAGGAAGAUGGAGGAGACGUUAUCUAUAAAGGCUUUGAAGAUGGCAUUGUACAGCUGAAACUCCAAGGUUCUUGUACCAGCUGCCCCAGUUCAAUCAUUACUCUGAAAAAUGGAAUUCAGAACAUGCUGCAAUUUUAUAUUCCAGAAGUAGAGGGUGUAGAACAGGUUAUGGAUGAUGAAUCAGAUGAAAAAGAAGCAAACUCACCUUAAAGUAAUUAGAAUUUUCUUUGGGCCCAGCAGUUGGACUUAUUGAUAAUAUAUACCAAGCUUUUAUUAUUAAUCUGCUAAGGAACUUGAGGAUUAAUAAAAUAUGCCCCUUUUUUGGAGACUGAUAUAUAAAAAAAAAAAAAAAAGAAAAAAGAAAAACCAAAGGAUUGUCAACCUGAUCUGUUACAAUAUCUCUUUAUUUAACUAUUUCUUUUUUUUUUUUUAAAGAUUUUAUUUAUUUAUUUGAC